AAAGAUCAGAACAAAUGCCACGGCACUCGCCCUGCCAGCGUAGAGCAGCUCAAGACGAGACUACUGACUUCUCUCGUAGUCAUCGUCAUCGCGCAAUCCCAAUCCCAUUCCUUUCCUUGGACGCAUCCAUCUACCCUCUCCAAGAAGAAUACUUCCAUCCAUCGACUUCUCGUUUACUCAAUCCAUAAUCAAUCAAUCAAUCGGAAUGACCGGCUGGUGAUCUUCUUCAGCAGGUGCAAUUUCCUGGUUAUUAAGGUUGUGGGUGGGGGUGUGACUGAACAUGACGGAGAGGUGCAGCAAUGCGAGCGCAAGCGCAAGCUCUAGUUCCAGUCUGAACAGCAGCUUCAGGGAUACUGAGGAUGACCAUACCAUCGCCAGCAUCUUGGCCGAGGAACAGCAGACCUCUAAGCUCGAUGGGAGGCUCGGGAGAAGGCUCUCUCAUUUGGAUUCUAUCCCUCACACGCCCCGGGUUAUUACAGAGAUUCCUGAUGUGAAUGAAGCUACGUUGGACCAUGAGCGACUUUCUGAAAGGUUGGCCACAUAUGACUUAGAAGAACUACAAAUGGAGGGUGAUGGAAAUUGUCAGUUUCGAGCCUUAGCUGAUCAGUUAUUCCGCAACCCAGAGUAUCACAAAGCUGUGAGAAAGCAAGUUGUGAAGCAGUUGAAGCACCAUAGAAAGUUAUAUGAAGGAUAUGUCCCAAUGAAGUACAGAAGCUACGUGAAGAAAAUGAAAAAAUCAGGAGAAUGGGGCGAUCAUGUGACUCUGCAAGCAGCUGCAGAUCAUUUCGGAGCCAAAAUUUGUUUGGUCACCUCUUUUAGAGACAGUGGUUACAUCGAGAUUACUCCAAACGGCAUGAUUCCUACUAGACAGCUGUGGCUGAGCUUUUGGAGUGAAGUCCAUUACAACUCACUCUAUGAAAGAGGAGACAUUUCCCUUUGUUUGCAGAUGUUCCGAUGAGAAAACCCAGAAAAAAGCACUGGCUAUUAUUCUAGAGACAGCUGGAGUCUGAUGCCAGCUCAAACUGUCGGGGCCUGUUAUUUGUUUGUUCGUCUGGAACUUCGGAUUAUACAUAGUUUUAGAUUUCAUACUCUCUACAUAUACAUGUAAACCUUAAUAGUUAAUGCAGCAAAUAUGGAUUUGUGAAUAAUUUACGCCGAGUUCUAGUAAAUAUAGAUUAUCUGAGUUCUGAUACAUAUCGGGACAAAUUCAAUCUCAAUUAGUGCCUCGAGGUUUGAACAGAUAAAGUUAUAGCAGAUUUGCUACGCAUAUGCAGUGGGAGUGUGAUGCAUGCACAAGUAUGUACGCAUCUGGACAUUGCGUACAUAGUUGCCAUGUUUAGUAGGUAUUCAAGUAAUUUCGGUGUGGAUCAUUGAAAUGUAGCCAAACAAGUUUUAUGGUAUUUACAGAAGACAGAGCACUUAUUGAUCA